AUGGCAGCUCAUUAUAAUGAACACUACCUGAGUGGAUCGCGUCCUACACGUGAAGUUUUAGACGAAGUGAAAAUUAUAACAAAUUCAGUUGGCAGUGACAUUCUCAAAGAAGUACAAUCUCUUGCCGGCUCAAUUAACACUUUGGAUAGCAGUAUACGCGAUGCUUGUUUGCCACCAGCGGGCCCCAGCUUGAUGGACGAAUUAAAUGCCCAAUCAACAAAAUCGGGUGACUCAGGUCACCGUUCCACUGCCGAAGCCACUGAAGGGUGGCGCUUUUUGGGUUCGAAGAAAGUGUGGCGCUCUGACUGGACGGAGUACGACACACGUAAUCAGCGUAGAAUUCAACAGCAAAAGAUGAAAGAUAGGGCGAUGGCACGAAGAAAAGCUAAUAAAAAGCAGUUGCAUCGGAUAUCCAGAAGCAGUUAUUAUAACUAUAACCUCAAUGACAACAACAAUAGCAACAACAAUAGCAACAAUAAUCGUAACAACAAUCGCAACAACAAUAGCAGCAAUAAUCGCAACAACAACAACAAUACGAAAUGCGGUCGUCCAACAGCUGGCAACUCUCUUCCCCGGGAUAAGGAUCUACUUGCGGCGGCAAGGGUGCAAUUCUCUAGGCCUCCGUUUGAAAAUCAGCGUGGUAUCAGAUAG